GACUGUACUAUUUGCAUGGAACGCCUCUCUGCUCCCUCAGGCUACAAAGGGCCUCAACCAGUCGUCAAGCCAGAAUUGGUGGGCAAGCUGUCCAAAUGUGGUCACAUGUAUCACCUCCAUUGCCUUGUGGCCAUGUAUAACAAUGGAAAUAAGGAUGGGAGCUUGCAGUGUCCAACCUGCAAAACCAUCUAUGGGGUGAAGACUGGCACCCAGCCUCCUGGAAAAAUGGAAUAUCACCUCAUCCCGCAUUCACUGCCGGGACACCUUGACUGUAAAACUAUCCGAAUAAUCUACAACAUUCCACCAGGAAUACAGGGACCAGAGCACCCGAGUCCUGGGAAGAGUUUUACUGCCCGGGGUUUUCCUCGACACUGCUACCUCCCAGACAGUGAAAGAGGCAGAAAGGUGCUGAAACUGCUGUUGGUGGCCUGGGAUCGAAGGCUGAUCUUUGCCAUAGGCACUUCAAGCACCACUGGGGAAUCGGAUACAGUCAUCUGGAAUGAGAUUCACCACAAGACGGAAUUUGGGUCCAAUCUCACGGGCCACGGCUACCCUGAUCCCAACUACCUAGACAAUGUA